AUGAACCUUUCCGCUUUCUCGAUGCAGCUGCCAAGGAAACAACAGUCGCUCUCACUCGCGCCAACAUUCGUCAUGGGUUCAUGGGCGGAUAUGCGACGUCUCUUUGGCGGAUCGAGAAUGACUGAGGACAUUGAUGUAAUCGUGGAUUCGGACCCAAGCGAGGCCCGCAACAAGCUUCUCCAGGCCAACGCCCGCUUCACAAUGACCCCCAGCAGCAAACUUGUGUUUUCGGGAGGGGAUAAUAAGCCCAUCGCAGUUGAGCUUCUUCGUGGAGGAGAAGGCAGACAGUUGAAGUUACCUGACGCAAAUGCGGUUUCUCUUCGCUCCAUCACUGCCAAUGUCCUGCCGGGACGUGUUGAGGAGACCCCAAUCCCCAUCAUUGCACCCUCCGUCCUCGUCCUCACCAAGCUCAAGAGAUGGGCAUUUAUCGCCAACUCCACCCGUCCCGCAAGUACCAGAAAAGCAGUGAGGGACGUCAAAGAUAUUCAGGUAAUCCUGAAUCCUGACCUGGCUGGUUAA